AUGGGAGAGAAAAAGGAAGAGAAAACUACUCCAGGCUCCAAUCCUCCAUAUAAAUACUCCUCUGUGCGCGGUGCCCCGGCGGUGCCUAAUCCGGUAAUCAUGAGGGAACUCCCGUCUGCUUCCUUACCGUCUGGCAGAAUACCGAUCGUAGAUCGUUCGCCUCACGCUAGCCGCUUCAUGCUAGCCGUCACGGUUCCUGGACGUCCAACUAUCACAAGAUAUAGGUUUUGGAAUAUUUCCAUUGAUGGAUUCAGUAUUGGAAGAGAUCCCUCUAGUUCUAUCCCUUUCUCUGCUAUUGUCGAUACUGGUAGCAGCAUUAACCUCUUACCAGAGUAUAUUGUCAAUCAAUACUAUAAAAGGAUUCCUGAUUCCUAUAAAUCUACUCAACAUGGCGGAUAUAUCUUCCCGUGCACUCAGACGAGUAUUAUUCCUGACUUUAGCCUUAAGAUUGGUCAAUACAUCGCUGUUACACCUGGGCAACUCUUGAAGUUUAGUAGCAAUGGCACCCAUUGCUUUGGUGGUAUCCAAUCCAGUCCUUUUUCCAGCCUCAAUAUACUCGGCGAAGUCUUCCUAAAGAACCAGUAUGUGAUUUUCUUUGACGACGACAGAAAUGCCCGGAUAGGUAUCGCUCCCCAGGCCUAA